ACAAAAUAAAAAAGAGAGAGAGAAAGAAAGGUCGAUAGAUAGGAGAGAGGACACGAAGAAGUCAGUAUACCCACGUGCACCUGGGAACUCGACCCCUCUCUUCUCUCCAGUCUCUACUCAACCCUACUUCUUCUUCUCCUCCUCCAUUUUCAUUCCCAAGCAAUCUCUCUCUCUCAAAAGAAGAGAUAUAAAAAUAAACCUGGAAGCUGAUUCCUUCUCCUUCAUUUACAUACACAGAAACAGAGAAACAUCAUCCACUAAAAACAGAGAGAAACCAAAGAGAAGUUGAAGAAGUAAAGGUUUGGUUACCAAUGGUGGAAGCAAAGGAUCAAGACAUGAGCGAUGGGAUGCAAUGCACAAACCAUCCCUUCACAAAGAACCCAGGUGGGAUCUGUCCUCUCUGUCUCCAAGAAAAGCUCGGAAAGCUCGUCACUUCCUCUUUCCCUCUCCCCAAACACCUCUCCUCCUCUUCUUCCACUUCCUCUCCUUCCUUCAGAUCUGACUCCGUACGUAGCUCCACCACCACCGCCGCCUCUCUCUCCCUUUCCGCCGGUAAUGUCACUGACAACAACAACAAGCUUCCGUUUUUGCUGGCGAACAAGAAGAAGAAGAUGGCGAAUAUCGUCUUCAAGAGAAGCCACUCAACGGCGGCGGCGGCGUACGGUGGUUCCGAUCUCACCCCGAGAAAGCGGAACGGGUUUUGGUCUUUUCUACAUCUCCACUCGUACAAACACCUCAGCAGCGGCAAGAAAGUCGGAAGCUUUCGGUCAAAACAUACCGAAAACACUUUGUCGGAAACAGAGACAACGACGACGGAGAGAGUGAACGGAGGUGGAAGUAGUAAGAGAAGCGGCGUUGAUGUGGUUACAGCGACAGUGACACAGAGCGAGAGGAGAGUGUCGAGAUCCAGAUCUGUCGGGUGCGGAAGCAGAAGCUUCUCUGGGGAGUUCUUUGAGAGGAUCACUCAUGGGUUUGGAGAUUGUACUUUGAGAAGAGUUGAGUCACAGAGAGAAGGUAACAACAACAACAACAAAGCUAAAGUUAAUAGUAGUAAUGUUGGUGUGAGGGAGAUUGUGAGAUGUGGUGGGAUCUUUGGUGGGUUUAUGAUAAUGACUCCAUCGUCAUCUUCCUCGUCAUCAUCAUCAUGGGUAUCAUCAUCGUCAUCAGCUGAACAACAACAUCAUCAAGGUCAUGGUGGAAGGAACAGGAGCUGGGGAUGGGCAUUUGCAAGUCCAAUGAGAGCUUUCAGUUAUUCUUCCUCUGGUAAAAGAGGCCGUACCAUUUCAGAUUCUACAAGCAAGAACACAACUCCAAACUUUGAUGCGAUUCCUUCAUUGUUAACCGUCAGAAGCUGAAUUAAAAAGAUUUGCAAUAAGUGUCUUUAUCUUAAACAAUAAAAAUAAUUAAAGCUAGUUUCAUCAUUUUAGGUGUUCUUGAACGUUGGUUGCUGAUCUUUUUCAUUAUCCUAAUAGUAUUGCAAUGUUACACUAUACUCUACUAUGUUAAUUAUCAUGUGUUGUCUAAUAAGGAGAGAGGAGCUUAGGAUACUUGGGCUAUUUUCUUCUG